UAAAUGUCUUAUAUCAAAACUAUAGCAAGCAUUUAUGCAUUUACUCAAGUCAUAUCGGAAGAAGAAUGGUCCAGCUGUUGUGAAUUCCAAUGGAAAUGUACUAAUUCUUAUACCUGGAGAGAAUUUGGAUGGAAAUGCAUGGUCAGAUUCUUUAUCACCUCAAAACAGAAAGCACAUGGGGGAAUUCUGAUUGCUGGAGACUGUGUGGCUAUGGCUAUCAGGCAUUUCUGUAAUUAUUUCGACGUCAAUCUCACCAUGUAGUGGUUCCUUGCUUUUUGUGGCACUCCUUCUAGUAGGGUUGGAAAGGGGGUUGAAAAAAAGACAAUAAAACUAGAACGAAUGAAAAGAUAGUUGUGUGUCUACAUAGGCCCAUUUAACCCUCAAAUUUUGGAACAUCCGUGAUCCUUGGGGUCAAUUUGACCCCAACCACUUAAAUGUCUACAAAAUCAGUAUGAAACAACACUUUGGCACAUGUUUAUGUCUCAUAUAUGUAUUAUUGCUCUGUUGGUGACAUAAAAAGUCAUUUCAAUAUAUCCUAGCACCCCCACACAUAGCCCACACACCAAAAAAACUUAAAGGUAGGGUUGGAGAUCUUUGAAAAACGGUUCCUGUGAGCUAUAUUUUUGAAAAUACACAGCCCGCCUCUCCCUUCAGCCCUCCCCUCAAAGCCACGCCUUCAAAACACAUGAACGCGCAUGCAGUCUGUCAAGUGUUCGGAUUAUCCCGGGAACCCACGAGAGCUCACGAGGCGGGGGCGGGCUAGAAGCCACGACAAAUUAGCCAAGCUAACUUCCAGCCAUGGCACCGUCUCCUGCUACGGUAUAACAUUGUGGAAUCAUGAUGAACUGCAAAAGAAUAUUGAUAAAACCCAGCAACACCAUUCAGAAUUCAACAUCACAGCAUCAGAUUCAAUUGAUGAGAAGUCAAAUUUAUUAAACGUAUCUGGAUCUCUGAAAUUAAGUCUACUUGGAGGACUGGUGAAUGUGUCAGGAUCAGCUAAAUACUUCCAAGACACAAAGAGAUCUUAUAAACAACAGCGGCUCACUCUUCAGUACAAAACAACAACAACACAUGAAACACUAACAAUGUCUCAUCUGGGCCGUGGACAGGUAUCCCAUCCAAAUGUUUUUGAAGAUGAUACCGCCACACAUGUCGUCACAGCCAUCUUGUACGGGGCCAGUGCUUACUUUGUGUUUGACAGAGAAUUAUCUAACGAUGAAGACAAGAAAGAAGUAGAGGGGGAAGCUGAAAUCAUGAUGGAAAAACUGAAAUUCCUCAAAAUAAAUGCAGAGGCAUCUUUCGAGAUGGAUGACAAAGGGAAAUCAGCUGUGGAAAAAUUCAAUUGCACUUUUCAUGGAGACUUCCACCUACCUAGCAACCCGUCGACAUUCAGUGAGGCUGUAAAUGUUUACAGACAACUGCCAACACUCCUGGGAGACAAUGGGGAGCAUGCCAUUCCAGUCAAGGUGUGGUUGUACCCUCUGGUAAAGCUGGACUCAAAAGCUGCAAAACUACACAGAGAAAUCAGCAACAGCCUCAUCACACACUCCUCAGAAGUCAUAGAGCAUUUAAACAAGACGGAGAUGAGAUGCAAUGACCUGGUGGAGGACACAGCAGCAACAACUUUCUCUGCCAUGGAGAAGAAGCUGAGGACUUUCGUGCAAAACUGCCGUCACUACAAGUUAGAGUUUGUGCAGAAGCUCAAGUCAGUUCUUCCCUCUAUUCGAGGGGGUGGAAAAGAGGAGAGUGCCCUUGAAGACAUCCUUAAGGCUCAUGAGAAAUCUCCUUUCAACAGUGGAGCCCUGGAUGUGUGGCUAAAGCAGAAGGAAAAGGAAUCAGACACAGUGACCUCUCUCCUCAAGCAGCUAGAGAAACAUGGCCUAAAACUGGAUGACAACUUGGAUGAUAUUUUGUCUGAUGUAGACAUCACAAACAUUGUGAGCUUUUCAUUUACCUCUUUAGACCAGCCUGAUAGCAGCCUCGUGAAACAAUCCAAUUUCCUUACUCCCACAGGAAUGAUGACUGAAAGUCUGCAGGCGGAUGUUUCACAGAGCAUAAAUACUGACUGGCUAACUGAUACCAGACAAAGCAUGAGGAGACAGUUACAACUGUUCAUGCAGUUGAAGAAGAUGACCAACAGUGAUGCCACCAAAUUCAUUGUUUCAUCCAAACAUGAUGAGCGUUACCCUGGAGCCUGUAUAUUCAUAUAUGAAGAUGGGAAUGAUGAGCCUGUCACCUUCACUCCUCCAUCCAAACCUGCCACUCCAACCACCUCUGAUGUAUCGUUUGACGCAUUAACAGUUGGUGUAUCAGACCCAGAUUCUGCCACUGUAGAGUAUCGAGUAGAGUUCAACAAGACACAGGAGACUGAAUGGAUGUCUCACCCUGUGCAGAAGAACAAGAAGACAGUAACUCUGUCAGGACUGAAGCCAGGAACUAAAUAUGAGAUCAGAGCCACAGCUGUGGGUAAACUUGGCUAUGUCAUCAGCAGUGAUGCUGUUACUGUUGUGACUGCUAAACCUACUUCUAGCCCACCAACCAAUUUGCGAGUGGAGGAAGUGAAGGCAAACUCCAUCACCUUGACCUGGUCAAUCCCAGAACAAUGUGAACCUGCAAAACAGUACACCAUUGAGUAUAAGGAGGGAAACAGCGGUGACUGGCAGAGAGAAGAAACCAAAACAGAGGUGUACACAUUUACUCUGAAGAACCUGGAACCGAAUACAACCUUCUCCAUUAGGAUGUACACAGAUGCUGCUAACGGUGUAAGCAAACCUGGUGAAGAGAUUAAGAUCAACACCAGGAAAGGACCACUGGAUACAAAAAGGUUUACUCCCCUCUCAGGUACUCCAAAAGCAUAUCUGCUGAGAAUGACAAAAUCUUCAUCACAUCAUUUCAACAAGAAGGUGUUCGGGAAAGCAUCAUCCCGUAGCCCUACGAACAAAACCAUCAUGCUUGUUGGUGCCACUGGAUCUGGCAAAACAACCCUCAUCAAUGGCAUGAUCAACUACAUACUAGGAGUUGACUGGGAGGACAACUGGAGAUUUAAACUGAUUGAUGAAGAAACCAACAAAUCACAAGCACACAGUCAGACUUCAGAGGUGACAGCCUAUCAGAUUCACUGCACAGAUGAAUUCCAAGUUCCGUACUCCCUCACAAUCAUCGACACCCCAGGGUUUGGAGACACCAGAGGAAUCAAACAAGACAAGGAGAUUACAGAAAAAAUCAGAGAGUUUUUCAAUAAGAAGGGUGGAAUUGAUGCAAUUGAUGCAGUAUGUUUCGUAGUGCAGUCUGCUUUAGCUCGUCUGACGCACACACAGCGGUACAUAUUUCAGGCAAUCCUCUCUGUGUUUGGGAAGGACAUCUCCAACAACAUCAUCACUCUGGUCACCUUUGCUGAUGGCAAAAGUCCUCCAGUACUGGAAGCCAUCACAGAAGCCAAGAUUCCAUGUGCCGUACCUGUCCAUUUCAAGUUUAACAAUUCUGUUCUUUUUGCCGACAACACCGGAUGCAGCGGUGGUGAGGACUUUGAUUACAUGUUCUGGAAAAUGGGAAAGGCCAGCAUGAACAAAUUCUUUACACAUCUUGGAACGAUGGAAACUCAGAGUCUGACCCUGACGAAGCAAGUUCUUCAAGAGCGUAAACAGCUGGAGGUAACUGUCCAGGGAGUGCAGCCACUCAUCCGGAAGGGUUUGUCAACCAUGGAGGUACUGAGAACAACAAGGGCUGAAUUGGACAAACACAAGAGUGAAAUUAAUGAAAACAAGGACUUUGAAUAUGAGGUAGAAGUUGAGAAAUCUCUCAAGAUUGAUAUUUCAUCAGGAACUUUUAUCACCAACUGCCUUGGAUGCAACUACACCUGCCACUACCCUUGUCAUAUACCGAAGGAUGAUGACAAGGAAGGGUGUUAUGCAAUGACAGAUGGAAAUUGCAGAGUGUGCCCAGGGAGAUGUGUGUGGAGUGUUCAUUUUAACAUGAGGUACAGAUGGGACAUCAAACGUGUGAAGGAGAAGAGGACAUACAAUGAGCUGAAGAGUAAAUAUGUGAAAGCAGUGGGAGAGAAGAUGAAUGCAGAGGAAAUAAUUGCAAAGUUAGAAGAGGAAUAUCACCAAGUCCAAGAAAAGAUUGUAAAAAUGAUGGGAAAUCUAACUAAAUGCCUGAUGCGUCUGAAAGAGAUCGCACUUCGUCCAGAUCCUUUGUCUAUCCCAGACUAUAUUGACUUGCUGAUAGAGUCAGAGAAACAGGAGGCCAGACCUGGAUAUAAGGAACACAUCAGAGAGCUACAGGAGGUGAGAAUAGGAGCUGUUGUAAUCCAACAAGUGGCAGAGAUCUCAGUACAGAAGAGCAAACGACAUACCAGAAGUUGACAUCAUUUGUAGGGGGUAUCAAGGGAUCUGCUUGGCAGUUUCUCAAUAUGUUAAUAGAAUAAUAGGCUUUAGCUUGUCUGACACACACACAGAGGUAUAUAUGUUGGGCAAUCAUCUCUGAAUUUGGGAUGAACAUCUCAAACUACAUCACGGUGGUGACCUUUAUUGGUAGCCAAUAUACUUUAUAUAUGACUUUUUAAAGAUGAAUUCACAAGUUCCAUAUUCACCCACAAUCAUUGAUUUUGGAAAACAAGAGGAAUCAAACGAGACAAGGAGAUUACAAAAAAAAGGGAGUUUUUCACAAAUAAGGAGGACAUUGAUGCAAUGUGUUUUGUAAGGCUGCUUCCCUUCAUCUUACACACACACACAGUGGUACAUCUUUGAGUCGAUCCUCCCUGUGUCUCCAGCAACAUCAUCCCUAUGGUCACCUUUGCUGAUAGCAAAAUCCCACCUGUAUUGGAAGCCAUCAAAGAGGCCAACAUUCCAUGUGCUACACAGGAUGAUGGUUCUCCUGUCCAUUUUAAAUUUAACAACUCUGUGCUUUAUGCCAAUAACAAACGGGAGAAGAGCGAUGAGACUGACUUUGAUUUCAUGGUCUCGAAAAAAUGAAAGCCCUGACAAAGCCCUGAGUCUGAUCCUGACAAAAGAAAUCCUUAAAGAACGCAAAGAGCUUGGCACAACUGUUGAUGGAUUGCAGCCGCUCAUCCGAAGGGGUUUGUCAACCAUGGAGGAAAUAACAAUGACGCAAGCUAUAUUGGACAAAAACAAGAUUCAAAUUGAAGCAAACAAGGACUUUGAAUGUGAAGUAGAAAUAGAGAAAUCUGAUAAGAUUCAUAUUCCAACAGGAACUUUAAGCACCAACUGUGAUAAAUGCAACUUCACCUGCCACUACCCGUGCCUGGUAAUUACUGAUGGUGAUGAAAAAUGCUGUGAUAUAAUGUCAGAUGAUGGACAAUGCAAUGUGUGUCCGGGGAAAUGUGCAUUGAGUUCUCAUUCCAACGUGACCUACAGAUGGGAGAUAAAGCGUGUGAGAGAGAGGAGGACAUAUGAAGAGCUGAAGAGUAGAUUUGAAGCAGCACUUGGAGAGAAGAUGAGUAAAGAGAAAAUGAUGAUACAGUUAGAACUGGAAAGUCGUCAGGUUAUAGAGAUGAUGGAAACUGUAACUACUUGUCUGCAACGUCUGAAAGAGAUCGCACUUAGGCCAGAUCCUCUGGCGAUUCAAGCACAUACAAGCAGCGCAUCAAAGCAUUAAAGGAAGUUAAAAAAAGUGCUGUUAUUUUGAAAAAAGUGAAAGACAACACUGAUCUCAGUGGAGAAGAACAAUCAAAAUUCCACAUGAUAAAGUCAAAAGCCAAGGCGGCAUUUAAUGAUUUUCUGUGUUACUUUAAAUAACACUGUUUUGUGUUUUCCUAAUGUAGAGAGCAUUAUGGCUUGAUUUUUUUUAUAAUUCAUUCUCAAUGGAAUUGAGGAAUGAAAACGUAAGCUAACGUCUAUGAUAAAGUUGGUCUCUCUUCUCUGUGUUUUGAAGUACAUCAGCAGCAGUACCAUCUUUCUGGCACGUUUGCUAAUAGCCAAAAAACAUGUUUUCACCAAACCAAUUAUGAAAUGUAUUACCUUGCAAUGCUUUAUUAGCAAAUUAUGGGAUGUAUUUUGUAUUUUAUUGAGGAGGUGGCUGUUGGUUCGACCAUGUGGUUUGAUUAUGUCUCACAGUCACUUUUAAUCUUUUAUCACCUUAAUGUCUUUUUUUACAUCUUUUUAUAAAUUUAAAUAUUGCUUUGGUGUGAUGUUGCCGCUUAAGAGGACAUUACAUCUAGAUCCAGAGACCUAGAGAACUUUGCAUGUGAAGAGCAAGUUUAGAAAAUAUUGACAUUUCAUUGGCACAAUUUAUCACCAACUGGAUGCAACUGCACCUGUCCCAGUGGUAUACCAAAUGAUGCGGAUAAAGCUGGCUGUGUGUCUCUGCAUGAGAUCCGGAGCUUGGGGCCAUGCAGGAUGUAAAUCACAUGACUUGUAUAAACGUGUGACAGAGAAGAGGAGCUGAAAAGUAAAUAUGAGGAAGCAAUGGGAGAGAAGAUGAACAGGAAAUUGUAGCAAAGUUGGAAGAGGAAUAUCACCAAGUGAAGGGUGUUGGAGAUGAUGGAAACUGUAACUACCUGUCUGCAGCGUCUGAAAGAGAUCGCACUUCGUCCAGAUGCUUUGGCUACUACAAACCGCAUUGACCUGAUGAUACAGUCAGGGGCGUAGCAGCACAUUUUCAGCCCUAUGUACAAUCAGCUCCAAUGGACCCCCUGCCAUGUAUAUAUAUAUAAAUCAGACUGUAUGUGGGCCCCAUAUAAAUAUGGGGCCCUGGUGACUCAGUCACACUUUAACCCCCUGAACAACACCCCUGGAUACAGUCAGAGGAACAGUGUGCCAAGCCUGGAUAUCUGCAGCGCAUCAAAGAGUUACAGCAAGUCAGGAAGGGGGCUGUUAUGCAGAGGGUGGCAGAGAAAAUCUCACAGUGGAGAAAAACGGUAAAUAUUCCAAAUGAUGAAGUAAAAAGCAAAGGCAGUAUUUAAUGAUUUUCUGGGUUACUUUGAAUAAUGCUGUUUUUGUGUUUGACAAAUGUAGGGGCUAGCAUUAUGGCUUGUUUUUUCAAUUUAUUUGGAUCGUGUUUUUUUUUUUUUCUUUAUUUCUACAGAAUUCUUUCUCAGUGGAACAGAGGAAUCAAAAUUUAAGCUAAUGUCUGUGAUAAAGUGGGUCCCUCUUCUGUGUUUUGAAGUCUCUCUGGCUACGUUUGAUGGCAAAAGCCAUUGUGAAUAUCUUUCCCAAACCAACUGAAUUGUAUUGAGUGGCAAAGUUUUAUUAACUAAUUAUGGGAUGUAUUUGAAUAGGUUUUUUUUUCAUCUUUUAUCACCUUUCCUAAUUGUGGGGAUAUAUUUUUGCAUUGUACCGAUUACUUCAUGUUUGGAUUUUGUCUUUGUCUUUAUUACUAUUUAAUAUCUCAGUAACAAUUUCAUAAUCAGUGUCAAGAUCAGUUUAGUUUGAAUUCUAGGCAAACUCUUGUGAGAUUGUGGUGUAUUAUUUUCACUUCAGAGGACAUUAGGGGUGAAUCUCAUUUCAUUGUCUUGCCCCUUCCCCUAUCAAUACCUCCCCCUACACCUCCACCCUUCGCCUGAACACUCAACACGCAGAGGUAGAGGCACUCUUUACUGAUGACCAAAUGGCAAAUUGUACUGCCGUUGCAAAUAUCUUUCCUAUUCUAACUAUGACAUGUAUUGAUUGGGAAUCGUGUAUUAACUAAUUAUGGACUUCAUUAUGUAUUGUAUCGAGGACAUGGCUGGUGAUAAUGCUGGUGACUGGUGGUUCGACCAUGUGAUUUGAUCUAUGUUUCACAAAUUCUAUAGGGUUUUAACUUUUUUUCAUCUUUUUUUAUAAUCUUUUAUCAGCUUUACUAUUUGUAAUGGUAUAUUGUUACGUUUCACUGUGCAUUCACACAUUACUUUAUGUUAUUUGGAUUGCCUUCAUUACCUUUCCAUUCAGUGACAAGAUCAGCUCUGUUUAAAUAGAGUACAUUUAAGGCCAGCUCUGGUGGGAUUGUGUUGGUUAUUUUCGCUUAAGAAGACAUUAGAUCUAGAUCCAGAGAGCUUGACUGUGUUGUAGAAUGUUUCUCUAUAUUUUUCUUUUACUUCAAGUUUGAUGAUUAUCCUGUACUCAUGUUUUCUGUAUGUAAUCAUGUGAUUUGAUUCUACUGAAUAAAGAACUUGAUUUCAUUUAAUGAUUCUGGUUUAAUUUCAGCAAGUGUUAUGUUAUACUAGUACUAUCAACCAUUUAAAGAGUUAAACUUCAACAGUCACAUGAAAGCUAUUACUAAGUCUGCAUUUUAUCACAUAAAAAACGUCUCUAAAUUUAGGGGCCUUAUGUCUAAACAUGAUCUGGAGAAGCUAAUACGUGCCUUCAUUUCUAGUAAGGUUGAUUACUGUAACAGUCUUUUUACAGGCCUCCCCAAAAAGACCAUCACACAGCUUCACCUUGUACAAAAUGGAGCAGCAAGGGUUCUUACAAAAACAAGGAAGUUCGACCACAUUACUCCAAUUUUAAGAUCGCUGCAUUGGCUCCCAGUAAGCCACAGAAUUGAUUUUAAGGCAAUGCUACUUGUGUUUAAAUCAUUCAAUGGAAUGGGACCCACAUAUCUACUGGAUAUGUUUCAGCUGUAUGCACCAACCAGGUCACUAAGGUCAACGGAGAAGAAUUUGCUGGUGAUUCCAAAAGUCAAAACAAAGUGUGGAGUGUCAGCCUUUAGCUUCUAUGCUUCAAAGCUUUGGAACCAGCUUCCAGAUGACGUAAAAAAUGCACCCACUAUUGAUAGCUCUAAAUCUAGACUCAAGACAAAGCUGUUCUCAGAUGCUUUCCCCUAGCACAAAUUUUUAUUUUUUAUUUUUUUAUGUUCAUUUUAUUUUGUAUCUUAUUAUUAUUAUCAUUUUACCUUGUGUUUUAUCUUAAUGUUUUAAAUGUUCUUUGACACUAAUUUAAUUCCUUCUUUCUUCCAUGUUUCCUUUCUUUUUUGCAUUUGUUAAUCUUGUGAAGCACAUUGAGUUGCACCUGUGUAUGAAAUGCGCUAUACAAAUAAACUUGCCUUGCCUUGCCUUUAAAGGAAUUUUUGACACAAAGUUGGCAAACAGUGGUAUUUUGUCAUUUUGGGUGUGCUUAAUUCAAUCUGCAAAAGUCUUAGUCCCCCAAAUUAUGGGGGAACACAAUAUGGAGACAUAACUAAAAUAAACACACAUUCCUAGACACAUCACAACAUACUGUAUAAAGGCAGCACAAACUGUAACAGGAGUGGGGUAGUGUGGGUAGAGUUGUCCAAAAUGUGCUGAACCAUGGUGAGAAUCAUAAAAGUAUUUGAUCUCUUGCUGAUUUAGUUGGUGUGCUUAUACUAACUAAGACAUUAUAUAGGCUAUAAUGUUAAUGGUAGGUGUAUUCUAACAUGGAGAGACACAAUAGAAAAAAGACAGACAGAAUAGAAAAAAAUACUUUAAAUAAGUUUUUAAAUAAAAAGAAAAAAACAACUUUAAAGUCACUGAUCACGUCUUAACCCAACAAAAACAACAAGGGAUCAAAUACUUAUUAUCCUGACUGUACAUAUCCCAUCUGUAGUAUAUGCCCCACUGCUCUACAAGUGAAUGUUGAUGAAUAAGCAACAAGGAGUGCAUCUUAAUAUGCGACCUUGCCUCCUCCACUUGCCUCCUCCACUUGCUACUCGUCAUGAUGACAUCAAUGACAACAGCAUUAUAUUUCAAUAUCUUGCAAAAGCUCAAUUGUAGAGUCUUUUUCUCAUUUGCAAUUGGGAUGGUGAAUGAAAAACAGUCCCUCAAAAGUUGUUGUGGCUAGGCUGACAGCUGGGAAACUUUAUCGUUUUCUCCAGGGAGGAGGGGCCAGGAGGCGGGACGAGGAGACAAGCGAAAGUGGAGGAGGCAAGGUCGCAUAUUAAAACGCACUCAAGGUGUCAUGUCUGUAACUUCCUGACGGCUACAAGCGUGUCUCAUGUCUGUAAUCUAAAACAAAAAUAACAUCUCUGUACUUCAGCUGCACUAGGUCAGUGUAGAGGUCUUACUCUAUAGAGAUUUUGCUGUUUAGUGUGUUAAAACCCUUAAUCAUACACAACAGUUACCACUUUACUCUAUACAAGGGCGUAACUUUAUGCUGACAAUUGGGGGGGUCAAGAUUUCCAUCUAAAUGAAUUAAAUGGCUAAACAAUUUUCUUCAGUAUUUGCAUGUACAGUUAUGUAUGUUACCUGGUCAUUUGUGCCUCCUGCACUGUCUCUCUCUGUACUCUCUCUCCCUGUUUUUGGUCAUCCGAUUUUCCUUCGCCUCGUUCUCUCCCUCUGUCUUCAACUGAUGCACUUCCUCCAUCACCUCCUUUCUGUUGCUCAACUGCUACAUCUCCUCCGUUGCCUCUCUCUCCUUCAACUGCUGCACCUCCUCUGACACCUUCAUACUCUAUCUCUUGAACUGGUUCACCUCCUUUGUCACCUCCUUCUCUCUCCCUCUCAUCUGUGCUUCCUCGUCUCUCUCUCUGGACACCCGUCUCUCUCUCAUCACCUGUACCUCCUUGGCCUUGGAUCUCUCUUUGGUGACCUGCACAAUCAAGUUAUUGAACCUGAUAUAAAAAAAACCUCAGUUAAUGUUCAAAUGGCUUGGCUGCAAACUCACAUCAGAGUUUUAGAGAAUGCAUUUUCCCAAUCAGGCUUAAGUCAAGCUGUCAGAAAAUCUCCAUUUGUAAUGUGGCAUAUAGCAAUAAAGCAAAGAUGAGUUAAUUAAUUAAUUAAUUAAUUAAAAACAUUCCUACCCUUUGCUUAGUAGGCCUAAUUCAUAUGAUCAGAAGAAAGCUACAGUCAGAGAUGGUUGAUAAAAUCUUUGAUGCAGUGCCAAAUAUGAAUGACAUAUCCCAACCAUCAAUCACUAAUCAGGAUGCUGCACAAAUAGGAUCUCUUGUCUGCUGUUCGCCAUGUUGUUAAUCAUAUGAUCAGAAGAAAGUUGCUGUGGUAGAAAUUAAAGUAGCCUGCUGGCUACAUAAUAUCCUAUACCCAUUAUUUAUACAAUUGACUGUUGUUGUUUUUUUUAUAACUAAAUAUACAGUGGCGACUGGCGACAAAAAUAUUGAGAGGACCUCCUCUGUCUCACUCCAAGCACAGCCACGCAUAGUGUCACGCGAGGAAGGAACCCCUUGUCUCCCCAACCCUCUCUCGUGUCUCUCUAUUCAUUACUUCACUGGCGAAACAAACUGUAAUCGCUUGGCUGUUGUCAACAAAUGCGAUUUUGAAAACAAAAUAUAAUGCCACAAUACAUAUUAUUUAAAAUGGAUGUGUUUACUACUGGUGUCAAAAAACUUACAGGCAUUUUGGUUCAGCUGAACAAGCUUCUCAUUUGAAGUGGAUACUAUCAUAGGAAACCACGCAGGCAACUGGACAGGGGGUAACCAAAAACGACUUAAAUGACGUGAAAUAAAACAAACAGACGUCCGAUUGCUAGGGUUUCACAAAAUGUGUUGGUUUGAGGGAGUAAAUAUCCCAAGUGCUAGCCAUCAACGAAGUCCAAAAUAGCCAGCCACGUCCAGUGUUAUUGAACUAGCUGUCUGUCGUAACCUAGCAUAAAAUAGCUAUAUAACUAACUGACAGGCAGAAAGGCAGUGGUACACUAUGGUUCUCAAAACACUCGGAAAUAAUGUCUCUUAUGCCAAAGACGCAUCCACGCAUGAUCAUGUGGCAAUUGCAAGUUAAAAGUAGAAAAAAAACAAUUGCUCAAUACUUGAUAAAGCUGAACGCUAAUCAGUUUGAAUUUGGGAUAGUGGAGAAGAGGAUUACCCAUUGAGAGAUUCCCUGUUUGUCGCUCCCAACGCAGGACGCUCCCCGGUCGGCUCGCUCCCACUAGCCAGACUAUCGAUCCCACCGCCAUAUAACGGAGCUAGUUAUCUUUUUGAUGUUAGUUUUUUGUUUCUAACCCUAACCUUAACCCUAACCCUAAAUUGCUUGUACUAACCCC